CCGCUCGUGCGUUCGUUCGGUUGGCGCGUCAGACGUCCGUCGAUUGUUUUCCCCUGACAUCGUCCGGCGUUCCCUGGGUACGAGACCCGUCGCGCGGUGCUCCCAGACUCUCGGAUCCGAUCCGCGGCUCAUCGAGGAUGGCUUUCAACGGGGACGGCCCGCACUCGAAGAGGCAACGGCUGGAGGAGUCCGGACAUAGGAAUCACGAAUACGGCGGUUACGGAGACGAGCCUCGGAGGAAAAGGGAGGACAAUAAUAAGCCGAACCACGUUCUCCUGUUUACAAUCAUCAAUCCAGUUUACCCCAUCACGGUGGAAGUGCUGCACACUAUCAGUGCACCCAGCGGCCAGGUUCAGCGCAUCGUCAUAUUCAAGAAGAACGGCGUCCAGGCUAUGGUCGAGUUCGACUCGGUGGAAUCGGCGACUCGGGCGAAGGAGACCCUGCACGGGGCGGACAUUUAUUCCGGCUGCUGCACCCUGAAGAUCGACUUCGCCAAGCCCACGAAGCUCAACGUCUACAAGAACGAUGCCGAGAGCUGGGACUACACCUCGCCGACGCUGGGCUCGAGCGGACACAAGAGCGACACGACCGGAAAUGGGAGGCCGGCUCCACUCCUGGCGGAGCCCAGAUACGGAGCUGCACCACAGCCCUAUGGGUCCACGCCACAGGUGGCCUUCCCGCCCGGAGCGGCGCACGAUCGUUACGAGGAAAGUUUCAACGGACCGGCCACCUAUGCGGAGCCCUACGUCGAGAGGUACGGGAUAAAAAGCGAUUUCGGGGGCCGGGAGCCCCUGCACCCCACACCCCCCAGGCCGGGGUACGUCCCGACCCUGGGUCAGACUCCACCCUCGAGUACGCAGGGCUCCGUCAUGAUGGUCUACGGCCUCCAACCCGAUAAGGUCAACACCGACAAACUCUUCAACCUCUUCUGCCUCUACGGGAACGUCACCAAGGUGAAGUUCCUGAAGACGAAGGAGGGGUGCGCCAUGAUCCAGAUGGGCGACAGCAUAGCCGUCGAGAGGUGUUUGCAGAACCUGAACAACGUGACGAUCGGCAACGACGGCAAACUGCAGCUCGGCUUCUCGAAGCAGGCCUUCCUCUCGGACGUCACCAAUCCUUACAUUCUUCCCGACAAGACGGCCAGCUUCAAGGACUUCACCGGCAGCAAGAACAACAGGUUUCUGAAUCCAGCGAUGGCGAACAAGAACAGAAUACAGCCACCGUCGAAGAUAGUCCACUUUUUCAACACCCCGCCAGACCUAACCGAGGAGACGGUAAACCGCGUCUUCCUGGAACGAGGAAUCGAGGCGCCAACGACGGUGAAGCUGUUCCCCCUGAAGUCGGAGCGGUCGUCGUCGGGCCUGAUCGAGUUCAGCAGCGUCGGCGUCGCAGUGGCCGCCAUCAUGGAGUGCAACCACACCGCCCUGGAGAACAGCAACGGAAAGUUUCCGUACAUCAUGAAGCUCUGCUUCUCGUCGUCGCGCACCAUCCCCACGAGCUUCCCGCCGAGCAGCGGCAACGCAUCGAGCAAUUCCGCCGGUAAUGGGCACGUCAAAAUGCAGCAGGACUCGGAAUAGAACGGCGAGGUCCAGGGCCAGCGUCAGCGUCAGCGGCAGCGCCCUCCUCUCGGCCUGCACCCGGGCACGGCCCUGCACCCGGCCGCGGCGAUCGCGCUAUCCCCGGUUUUGCCGCCUCCUGUGCCUCCGCCUCUCCCGCCCGCGUGUCUCCUCAUCGCCGCCCCCACGCUCUACCCGACGGUGCCACCCCCGCCGCCGCCGCCCCUCCCGACCUUCUGGCCCUACUAGGAGGCCCGACCUUCCCGACCAAGGGACGAGGCACGGCCGAACACGCGACCCAGGACCAACCCGAGUCGAGGACGCGUCCAGCCAGCGCGUCCACCCUGGCCACCGGCUGACUCCUCCGUUUCCUGGUCCAGCGCCGAUCCAGGCCCUCCGCGGGACACCGACACCCUCCGCGGGGAAGACGCGGACGCGCCAGCUCCACCGGAAGUGCACGUUGCAACUUGUACCUCGUCUUCUCGUAUGUAUCGCAUGCAGCUUUCGGGGACGCGGUACCCCCCACCGCCGCGACCGGCGGAGGGGGAUGCCGCGCAUCCCCUCCACUCUUUGCGCCGCGUGCUGUACCCACUUGGCCCUCCUGGGUGGGGACCCUGACGAUGCCCCUCUUGAACCGGGGUGGACGACCCUCGGCACCGAUGCCCCGGGUGUGCGCCCGUAGGUGCAGCAGGAUCGCGACGAUAAGGCCGAUAGCGUUGGGGGGAGCUAACCUCGAGGAGUCAAGUGCGACGCAGGAGGGACGACCGGGAAGCCGUUCGCGGCGGUAUGAAGAGAUUAGAGCCGAAGGCCAGAGAGUGCAAUCGAGGCCUCCGGUUACACCGCGACGAUCUUUAUCUCUUGUGACAUAUCAGCGGAUACUUGGGGCCCGAUGCAUGUCGAGCGAAGAAAUUGAUUAGAGAGGGCGAGAUCCCCCCUUGGGGCGCUCUAAUCUCUGCAACUUUCGGAGACGUUCUUCGGUCUAAUGGGGAAACCUUCGCCCAGGUUUGCGAUUUUAUGAUUUUUCAAUGCCGCCGCCGUAAUUUCGGGGACCCCUGGAACGGGAGGGGGCCCUUCAAAGGAAAUUUUCUGUCAAAGGUGGACUUUUUAAAGGAGGCCGCGAGCCUCCCUGCUGGAACGGCUUCCCGCGCUCUUCCGGAGGUUUCGUAUAGGAAAUUGUGAAAAAUAUCUUCUAACUAGUCUAAUCGCGCCAGGUGAGGCCAGCUUCCGACUCGAUCUUGCUGCGCCGGAAAUGUGGAAACUAGACCCCGGGUACUCCCAAGAGCUGUAGUGUUCAGGUUGCGACGACUCGGUGGCAGGACUCGCGUCCGCUCUCGAUCGGUCGGAGGACCGCGAAUUGAAUUUUAUAUUAACAGAGAAAAAAAGAAACAAACAAAUCGCGUUACGCAGAGAGAUAAGGAACAAUGACUUCGACGACACAAUAUAUUAGGGUCCCUCGGCAAUAUUUUGUCGGGCUGGGGGACGUUUUUAUAAGAAAGGUUUUAGAUCUCCGAAAAUUUUGAAGCGAACCAAAUGACUACUAAUUAAUAUAGACUUGACACGGCCAUACGUAACGUAAGAUAUUAACCGGGGGCACUUGGCCCCUCCUAUACGCGUGAGAGAUUACCCGCCAUUUUGUCCAUUGAUGAUCGUGAGAGAGACCUAACGAGUGAAGAGUUUAACUUAAAUAAGGGGAAUACAGAAGUUUAUAUUCGAGGCAAUAUUUGUUACAAUACGACUAGAGGAUAAGCUGUACGCGAUUUAGGAGCACGUUGGCGAUGGAUCGGCGACGAUCGAUCGAUCGCUGCGAAUCGGAAGGCGACGACGCGCGGCCAUCUUUCUUUCGGAUCGGCCGUUGACGUGGCCACUUCCGGAGAGGAAGACAAGGAUCACGCCGAAGAGGAGAGAAAUAUGUUGAAUCGUGCGAUGUCGAUAUUACGGGAACGAGGUACUAGCCUAAGGAUGCACUGUUUUUUCCCGGUGCGCUGCGAUCGUUGUUCAUUGUUUCCGACUUUUCUUGCUCGGGCGGUGGGCACUUUGCUCCGUUUCGCAGAGUCGAGAUAUUUUAUCACCGUCGAGUUAUAUCCCCUGAUGACGAUACUUUUUUUCCCCUCUCCCCUGUUGUUUCCCCUUUUUCCUUCGUUUAUUCGUUCAUUUGUUUUUACAUCACACUCCGACGUUACACCGCAACCGUUGUAUAUUAUUGCCGUUAACGAUUGUCGCCAUGGACUACCGCUGUAUCGAUAUACUACUACCGUCGCGUACUUGUACAACUACGGAGUUUCGCAUAGGGUAAACGCAUCACUGUCCGUCGUCGCGACGCGUCGUCGUCGGUUUGACCCGGCGAGCGGAUCUUAAGACGUAAGUCGAGUAGCGUAUAAGCAGUUAGGACACACGCGGCAUAUCAUAAAGCUACGAUUUAUCGGAUCUUGUAGAUACAUUACGAAGACGCGAGAGCCGAGGCGACCCCCAGUCGAGGGAGAGUAUCGUCGCGACGGAGGCGAAGCUAGCAAAAAAAAGUCCGAAAUCGAGGGACGACUUCCCACCUGUCCAGCGCUUCCGCAAAGAGUACAAACGUCGAGGCGUAGCACUUAGCCGAGCUUCCGAGGGAACUGUCCGCACUUUUCUUCCGAUUUUCCGCCUUGGCGAUCGAUUCCAAUCGUCGACCGUUUUUCAUUCGUCGGAAAAGCGCUCGCGGGGUGCAAAUUAAUUCCUUCCGCGUCAGCGGAGUGUCGGUACCGAGGCAUGAGGGCGACGGAGCCUGAGUUCGCCGCGUGCCGCCGUAAGGUUCACUUUGCCGAGACUAAGUCGCGGGAAAAGCGCCCUUACGGCGGCGUAGCGCAACGCCGGGUCCGACCGCCCUCGACUCUCAGAACUUAGGGUGCUGCCGGCUCGCCCGCAGCGUUUCGGCCGCAGAGGGCCCCACGCGGGCGGGUUCGCCGGCGGACACGUUUUAUUCCGUGCCUUGGGACUUUUUGCGCCCCCGAUGAGGGACGACCCCCCACGGCCUCCGAUCGUCGAGGACGACGAGCGCUUUCGCGACCGUUUCAUCGGCCUCUCCCUUCUCCAUAUCCCUAUCUCUGUCCAUACGUCUAUUCCUAUCCGUCUAUCCGUCUAUCUCUCUCCUGGGAGACGAAAUCCCCGCCACGACCCUCCCGUGCUAAUUUCGGUCUCGGCAGCCACGCUAACGAACGCGACCGCUAAUUUUCGGUGCAUUCGCUAAUUUUCUUCGAGCAUGCACCGGCGAGCGAAAAAACGUUCCCAUGCCAGGAAGGCGUACUUAAUUCCUAUCGCUGAUGAUAUCACGUAAGCCUCGUGGCGAAAAAUCUGUUAAAAGCUCCGAGCCCCAUUUCUAGCGGAAUUUCCGGCGUCAGAUUCGCCCUGAAAUCGUGUCAAACUUGCAAAGUGGAGUAGUCUGUACGUAGAUCGAGUGCACGGAAGGUCCCGAUUCGGUGCUACGACCUCGGGUGCCCCAACACCCGCUAGUUUCUUAGGGCAUGUCCAGCUGGAAAACCUGUGAUAAGAAACGAGCUAGCUAGAUCGAGGAUUUGAAACGACACGCGGACGAUGCCCUCCCGAUCCGGAUCGCGGGUCCCAGGUGCAACUGCAAUUGCACCCUGGGUGCACGCACCAGCGCUGCAAACCUAAAGCUCCGUCAACUUAACGCCAGACUCUCGCUUACCUUCGGACACUUUACCUCCGGGAGCGCCCUAAGGGGUGAUAGCGUCCAGCGUCACAACGAACUCCGAUCCUCUCCCUCGAGGAGGCGUCGAGCCGAGACGAUCGGCGAAGCCAUUUCGAUGAUCGACUCUUUACGUCGACCCGCUCUCGCGUAACGCCUAAAAAGCGACUCCUCGGGGCGAGUCGCGCUUCGCGACUCGCCGCGGUGGCUGUUAUAUAUACAUAUACAUAUUAUAUAAAUAUAUAUAUAUACAUAUACAUAUAGGACUAGGCUCGAAAGUCGCGACGCACUCGGCGAAUAUGGCUGUAAUCGAGUAAUUCUAACCUAUUUAAGCAGAGUUAUCUAUAUAUCUAGGACGAGGGAGGCGAAAAACCGAGGGGGGAGACGCGACCGCGCCGGACGGAUGUCGAACCGUUUCCGAGGGUUCUAGGAUUUAAUGUGGCGCGACGUUAAUCGCCUCUGCCAGACACCAGAAGGAGCCUCCGCGGAACGGGCACGACGGAGAUUUAAGCGCUGCGCGCCUCGAUCGAGCGUUUCGGACACGCGUUAAUUACGGCCUCGAGGUAGCCCGAUUAGCGCGGUGCCAGAAAAAGUGGAACUCGCCGGGAAGAGGGUCCGCCUCGAAGGCGCGCUCUGGCCGCUGCGGCGGGCGAGGCCCCUUUUGGUCGUCCGGCAGCCCUGUGCACAAAAUCAAACCGUAACCGUAGCCGUUAGAAUCUGUAACGAUGCAGUAUUCCAGAGAUAGAACUUAGCACCGUGUCAACGCAACGGGCUACGUACACGCGUAAACGCGUAAACGCGCGUUCAAGGCUCUCUCUCGAGGGUUGUCAAGAGGAACCUGAUGAAUCUGUGUCGAUAACUAACGAUCGCGUUGAUGGGGGUGAAAUUUGUUUAAUGAAAUCUUACUAAUACAUAUCCCAUCUAUAUGUAUAUAUUUGCAAGCGCAUGAGAAUACGGUUUAUUAAUUCAUAAUGUAAUUAUUAUUUAUGGCGCCGGUUUUAAGAAAACCGGGCCCCCCAGCGUAGGCGUAUCGGAUGUGAGAAGUACGCGUUUAAGGCGUUAGGUUAAUGUCCGUAGAUAGGUAGGACGUAGUUAACAUAUCGUUACUAUUAUUAUUAAUCGUUAGUAUUGCAAAAAGGCACUACUGCCGGAGCGCUUUGAUUUCUACCGUGCAUCGAGCGGAGCCGGAUUGCGAGGUCCCUUGUCGGUCCGAUAUCGGGUCGUUUCGCUUGUACGGAGAGAGUUUUUCGUCGGUGGAAUAUUUUUCAUGCAAUGUACCACGCGACCCGACGUUAUACCGCCGUUAUGGGGAGCGAUCCCGCGGUUGGAACUUUGCGGAUAAAUUUUCUCGGGGUUACUCGAUUCGCGUUUAGCCGAAUUUCUCGUCGGGUCCCGAUAACGGCGGCCCGGUGAUUCCAUGCCGUACAAUUGUUUAUUUAAUUCGGAAAAAUGAUCUCGGUUCGUCGGACGAUUUUCGAGCCCCGAUUCGGUGUUAUCGACUCGCAACGGCGAAGCUUAUGGCGACUCUCCGAAGUUGUUUUUUUUUUUUUUUCUUUUUUUUUCACGAGAUUCUCGGAUUAUCGCGAGCACGUGUCUAGGACUGGGCUCCGUUCUAGAGACGGGGAAAUAAUUUCUCGACGUCGUUUUGACGGAGAGUAUAUUAAAAAAAAAUGUAUAGCGAGAGAGGGGGCAACUCGAACCGUACUACUUAGCGUCGCUUGAUCCUUUUAGCCGACCUCGAAAAAGAUUUCGGAAAGGGGUUGGCUACUUUCCCAGCAACCGGCUCGCAGCCCUAGACGUAUCAUUCCAAUCCUACCCUCGGGGGAACCGCGAAUUCGAGGUUAAAUAUUUUUCAAAACGAGAACCACGAAGCGGCCCUCCCCCGGUGAUCGAGCCGAGUGGAAAGGAGACUUCGCAGGAUCGAGACCUCGACGAUCGAGCCGGGCUAGCCAUUUCCAGAAUUUAUCGGAUUACUAGAAUCCGGCCGAUCGUCGUCGGCGGUACGUCAAAGUCGCUCCUACGAAGUCUUCGAAAUGAGAAACUUAGAAAUCGACUCGUGUCAAUCGCAGGUCCUGAAGUUGCAAACUCUCAAGGGCCCUGUUUUACCAUUUUAUUUAAUAAUUCGUCUCGUUUUCGUUGUAUUUAUCAUGUCCUAUUUAUCUCGAAAUCCUGUACAUAUCCAAGAAACGUAUACUGUAUUUACCGGAGCGAUUUAAUCGUUCCAAAGUUGCUCGUGAUUUAUAUUGAUUAAAUCGUGCCCUGGAGAUGAUCGUUUUCUUCGUUCCGAUCUUUUAUCGCGUUCCCACGGGAGCACGUGGUCAUCCUUAUGGAAACCAACUCGUGGGAUUUUUUUCGAAUUAAUCGGUACUUUUCGUACUAGCUUGCUCGUCACUUGCGUUUAACACGAAUCAACCACCUAGUCGAGGGGUUGGUCGUCGAAUGGGGUAGGAGAGAGAGCCGCCCUUCGAUGUGCGCCACUAGGAACCAAAGCGCAGUAGCCUUUAGCAAUCUCAAGUAUUACCGGUGACAUACCUGCUCCACAUAUCAGGUCGUAGGCAUCCCAAGCACCACGUGUCAUAUCAGUGUCUCUAGCGUAUAUCCCGUCCCUGCCCUUUUUCGGCCACGUCGAGAAUUGUAUAGAGAGGUACUAAGUCCCGAGUAUCCAGACGCCCGACCGACCCUCCGCCCCCGUCGUGCACCCGGGCCCGAAGGGUCUCUAUGCUCUGUCUUCCCAUCGCUGCGUCAAAAGACAAAUUAGAUGUAAUAAGAUCUGUUGACUGUAUACAUUGUACGUUAAAUACACGAGCCGGGCUCUGCGCGGCGAUAGACCAGGGUGGAUCGAUGAGGCGAACGCGCGCAUGUGGUCCCAACAACGGUGGAGGGAUGAAUUCCUCCGGAUGCGAAAUAGGAGAGAAUCAAGAGAGACUGGAAUAAAAAGGCAGCAAAUAGUCUCUCGAAGAAGUUAGAAGAGGUUAACCCUAGAAGAUACGCAUGCAGACAUUAGGAAAAGGUGGAGGACCUCGCGUCGUCCGGUCUACCCACUCUGGUCCUCCCUGGCGCAGCAUCCGGACGCCUAAAUGUAUUUUAAUGAUCUAGAUCUACCUAGCAUACCGACACCAGAGAAUACACAAGGUACACGAGAAACACACACCCGAACACACGGAUACAUCGAUAUGGACUACUCUUAAAGAUGUAAUGUGUAUAUUAUACUGUAUGUCGUACGCUCUAAUGUUGUUUGAAGAGUUAUUUGCGAGUCAAUUAUCUGUGCCUAGCAGCCCUGCGCACCCAACCAAAUGUACCACCACUUCGGAGGCAAAUUAAAAAGAACAAAAAAAAAAUGAUGAAGAAGAAGAAGGUACAGUCUACAUGUACGAGAGCAAACACGAGACGUGUGUUUCGCAAAUUGCACCCUGUAUACAUAGUUCGCACAAUGAUCUGUUCCUAUUUUGGAAUCGGUUUUUUUCGGAUUUGCCAAGAAUGUAUAUCUACUGGAUAGAACAACCAAAUAUGAAAUAUAAUGAUUGAAACCGAUGGCAGAUUUGUUACCCCUGAUGCACACACCGGACUCCACAGAGGGCGCCGGUCGGACCCGACCUGGACCCCCUGCGAGGAGGGCCAAAAAUCGAGUCCAGGUCGUCGGAUAUCGACCAACCGAUCGGCUCUGCGAAAUCUUUGCUCAUGUACGGAUAGGUAUGCGCGGAGGCCCGCUAGAAGACGGCUUGCGAAUUUCCUGGAUCUCCGGAGUCCCGGCCCCGGCGUCGGUGUCGCCGCGACGACCGUCCCCGCUGAUCGUGCGGGACUCGGGACGCUAUCACCGGCAUUCGCGGCCGUGAUAAACGCGGCUGAUAAGCCCAACUCGUAGAGGAACGCACGAUCACAAUGCCACCGACGCGGGCCGCAAAACCUGCGAAUAUACGUAGCGAGUAAAAAAGACCGUCACACACUGAACACCACAGCACAAACCCACGGCCCACACACACCCCGGUAUAUAUAUAUUUCAGAAUGAGUAUAUAUAUAUAUAUAUAUACGCACACACCCUCACUCGAGACACGGAGAGUAUACUACACGUUUUUAAGAGUAUGCGUCGCUUGUAUGUACGUCACAACCGUAAGUCGGAUCGUCCCGCUUCGAAGCCCUCGUCUCCGGCCUCCGAGGGCGCCUAUUAAAAAGAGGAAAUUUCAGGACACGGGUUUUCAUGACCCUGAUUUUCAUUUUCUCCUCGGUCUCGACGUCGAAAUUCGAAUUUCGAACCCCUGGUCCCGAAGCUCGGGGACGAGGGCGACACUCGCCGCGAGAGAGCGCUGUUAGUAAAAGACAUCCUAGGCUACCGCUAUAGUUGCUAGCUCUAGUGAAGUAGUUUAUUCCUUAGCGUUAUUUUAAGUUUUUAAUCAUAAAUGUUAACUUAAAAAGCCGUUUAUUACCGUCUAUCACAUACUACACACUGUAACACUAUUAUAUAUAACAACAAAUAUUUACUUGUGCAUAUUGACAUUUAUGGAGUCACAUCAUUAAACAUAUACUACUCGAUAUAUCCAA